CAAAUGAACGCUUAUUUGUGUUCAUUCUGCCACUGUAGGUGUGCAUAAAUAUAGAGAUUUCACCGUACCGCCUGCUGCGCUCUGACAGAACAUGACAUAUAGGUCUGCUUAGACAAGACUCAAAGCCAAGUCGCCUCGCAGUGUUGAGUCAGUUUCCAGUGUCAUAUUGACAAGCGCCGCUCUGUUUCUGUCAGUCAGCUGGGGUAGGUGGGGUCACCAAGAGCCAAGAUGGCUGACUGUGAGGAGCCGCUGUCAGAUGAAGAGAAGGUCCGCAUAGCGGCUAACUUUGUGACUCAUGCCCCCCCGGGAGAGUUCAAUGAAGUCUUCAAUGAUGUGCGGCUCCUCCUCAACAAUGACAACCUCCUCAGGGAGGGAGCAUCACACUCCUUUGCCCAGUACAACAUGGAUCAAUUCACCCCUGCCAAACUAGAUGGCUAUGAUGAGCCGGUUUUGAUCACAGAGCAUGGUGACUUGGGUCAUGGACGUUUCCUUGACCCUCGCAACCGCGUGUCCUUCCGCUUCGACCACCUAAGGAAAGAGGUGAGCGACGUGCAGCCAUGUGAAGGUGAGACCACCCUGAGAGCCUGGAGAGAUGCCUGCGAUACUGCCCUGAGUGCCUACGUCAAAGAGCACUACCCUAGUGGAGUGUGCACGGUAUAUGGGAAAACAGUCGAUGGCCAGCAAACGAUCAUCGCCUGCAUUGAGGGGCAUCAGUUUCAACCCAAAAACUUCUGGAAUGGUCGCUGUAGGUCAGAGUGGAAGCUUACCAUCGGUCAAUCCACGGCUCAAGUGGUGGGAGUGUUGAAAAUCCAGGUGCACUAUUAUGAAGAUGGGAAUGUGCAGCUGGUUAGCCACAAGGAGAUAGAAGAAUCAAUACCAGUGACUAACGAAAGCCAGAUAGCUAAGCAAUUUGUCGACAUCAUUGAGAAUGCUGAAAAUGAUUACCAGACUGCAAUCAGUGAGAACUACCAGACUAUGUCUGAUACCACCUUCAAGGCCCUGCGUCGCCAGCUGCCUGUCACACGCACUAAGAUCGAUUGGAAUAAGAUCCUUAGCUACAAGAUUGGCAAGGAGAUGCAGAAUGCCUAGAGGAAGGUCAGGGACUGGCCAGAGAGAUGCACACUCCACUGGGCCAACAACCCACCUAUACAUGCGCAAGGACUAACCAAAGCAAAACUAUAUCAGUAUGGGGCAAGGAAUUAAAAAAACAAAACAAAACAAAUAAGCAAAGCUGAAGAUUUGCAGACUGUUAGGCACAGGUUUUGGAGACAAUUGUGGUUUGAAAAGGGUGGUUGGUUCUUGGUCUGUGUUACUAGAGAAGUUGUACCAGGUCAAUGUGCAGGGCUCUGCUUAGGACUGCUACAUUAGAGAGAUAAAUGUUUCUGGGCCAUCUAAGGGCUCACAGAUCUGUCCAGAUUUGACUGUAAAAAAAAAAAUUACAUUUGAGACAAAGUAUUUUUUUUUUCUUAGUCAAACAUGCAGAUCUGUGAUCAUGUCAAGAUGGAGUUAACAUGUCAUAAGCCAGGGACAAGAUUCAGGACCUUACAGGGCAGCUGAUAACAGCAAUUGUAAGCACACCAUCACAUAUCAGGGUUUGUUUGUAGACAGAAGAAUAUGAAUGUUUUUGACAUAUCUGAAUUUUGCUGACAAAUUCAGUGCACAGGUAUAGUGGAAUUUGGAGCCACAUACAUCAUCAUAAUCAGGACUCUGACAGGAACAUUUCCAGCAGUCAUUUUAAUUGGUCCUAAACUUAUAGUAUUGAGAUGGAACUCAUUCAUACUUUGAAAAUGAAACUGACAAUAUUUCUAGCUCUUCACUUUUAGCUGUAGCAUGAUCCUUAGCAUAGCUUUGCUCCUGCACUGUAGACCUAUAUGUUUGUUGGUGUCUGUCAGGGCUGAAGGAAUGUUUACUUAUUUUCUGUUGUGCUCCUCUGAUGUAUGUGUCCCCACCCAUGAAAGCUACGAUGACUGAAAUACCAUAAAGCUCCUCUGCUUCUGAUUUAAUCCUCUCUGUUACUUUGGCAACACCACCUCAAUUGCUGUAUAGCUUUUCCUUUGUGAAAGGAAAACAUACUCAUAUUUACCAAGAUUUAUUUGCCAAAAUCUCUUUCCUAUGGUAAAGAACUCCAUACUCCCUCCCAUGUAUGCAAAUCUCUAUUUUAAUAUUCCGGUUUUUGUUGGAGUCUUAGGGUAUCACACUCUUAACUGUAUCAAACUGUUUGUUGUGUAUUGGUCGAUGCCAAGUGAACACGAAGCAGGUUCGCCAUGUAAGGUGGAAGCCAGGUUAUCUGUGUUUUAUGAAUGCUUAAUAGGCUGACUCUGGAUCAGUUACAUGUUAGCUAUAUAUGUGCUGUGUUCAACCCAUACACUAUACUACAACUGUGUGCCGAUCAGUUAAAAACUUAAAGACUGUACUGCCCCAUUCUGUUGUAUGAAUAAAUGAACUGAUAAUCUUG